UACGUUUUCCUACAAAUCCUACCUAUGCUACUGGUUCAACUGGUCCUAACCUUAAAAAAAGACAAAUAAUACAUGUGGUUGAAAAGGGAGAGGUAGAAAACAUUAAAGGUGAUGUAUUAUUUUCUCAUGCAAUUUGAGAAAAAUAAUAAAAAUAUCCGGUUUCAAAAUCUCCAUGGUUAGCUUAAUUUUUCCGAUUAAAUUUAUAAACUGCCAAGAUGAAUAGAUCACCCUUAACCUAAUUUCUGAGUUCUUUGAAAAAUAUUUUAUUAUCACAAUUAGAAGAUCAUAUUUUACAUUAAAUUAUAAUUUGCAGAAAAUGGACGAGUAGAACAAAAUAAUAUGAUCAGUUUUCAGUUUUGCAGUUGACAAUUUCAUAAAUUUAGUCAGCCAAUUAUCGAGUUAAAUCCUUGCAGUAUAAAUAUAAGGUGUCCAACUGAUUUUUAGCUAUGAAAGUUUCUCAAAAUUUCAAAGGCGAAAUAUGCAGAAAAUUUGAACAAGAGAUUGAAGACCAAGUGAAUCUAUAAAAAAAUAUAUAUAGAUACAAUGAGCGCUGCUAUGGAAGACACAUGUGAGACUGUGGACAUGAUCACUGUAGGUACUCACGUGAUAGUCAAGAAACAGGAUUUUAGCAAGGUAUAUAAGGUGGCCGAGAACGGUAUUCUGUUCUUAGGGAAAGACCAGAAAGUUAAUAUGAGCGAGAUUAUCGGCAAACCGUUUUGGAGCAUCUUUGAGAUGGUGCCAUUGCGAGGCAGUAAAGGUACCUUUACCUUGAAACUGACGAAUCAGAUGGAGUCAUCAGACGAUCUACGGAGUGAGCUGAGCGGUUAUGAUAAUCGUUCCAUUAUGGAUGAUGGUACAUCGCAGCGCCUGUCGAAGGAUGAGAUUCAGCAACUGCAGGAGGCUGGCAAGACUGGCAAGGAGAUCAUCGGCAGCCUCAUCGAGAACAGCAAGUCCUUCGCUGCGAAAACCGAGUAUUCGCAGGAGAAAUACAUCAAGAAGAAGGAGCGCAAGUACCUUAAAUUCCUGACGAUACACAAGCCGUCUAUACUGUCACUUCACGAGGUAUAUUUCAAGAGGAAACCCGACAAGAUCGGGGGACUGAGAAUGGACGCCCUGGCACAGAUACUGUCUUAUAGCGAUGUGCAGGCCGAUGGCCUGCAUCUGCUUUACUGCAGUGGCUAUCAGGGACUGCCCGCGGCAGCAAUGCUCAACAGAAUAGGCACGAAUACCAGCGGCCAUCUAAUCAACCUUCAUCCUGGCAACACGCCUCAAACUAUGUUUAUCGACGCCAUGAAUUUUCCACAGGAGUUGAGAGACCGACACAUUGCAGUAAACAUUUAUAGUUUCUUAAGAUUACAUUAUCAAGGCGAAUCGAGUAUACUAGACAAUAUUUCGACAUCUAAAAAAACUGUUGAUAAUAGCGUUGAAGAAUUGCAGGAUACCGAAAAAUCAGGAUUAAAACCAACAACAGAAUCUGAGAACGGAGCCAAGAAUAACGAAGUAGCCGAAACGGACAUGAAAGUUUUGAAGUUGGAAAUGGAGAUGAGAGAAAACGGUUCGCUUAUUGCAAGCGACGACGGGGAAGGUGCUAAUACUUCGAAACGAAAACUCGAGUCUCCUGAAAAGGGAAUGACACCUGCGAAGAAACCAAGAUGGUUGCUGGAAACGAAGUACGCGGUGGACUUAUUGAGUAGCUCAAAGGCUCGCGGUUUGACUAUUGUAGCGAAAGAGCAUCCUCUACAAAUUGCGAACGCACUACUGCCUUUUCUAGGAAUUUCGCGGCCGUUCGUUAUUUUUCAUGCGCAUCGAGAGCCCUUGCAGGAAACCUACAUGCAACUCAAACAGAAUCGCAAUGUAAUAAAUGUAAAAUUGUUUACGAACUUUUUGCGUUCAUAUCAAAUUUUACCCGACAGAACGCAUCCCGAUAUUUUAAUGAACGAUACCGGUGGCUAUAUUUUAACUGGUUAUCUAGUUGAAUAAUAUUUUUUUAAAUAAAUUUUGAUGUAAAGAA